UCGUGGAACACGAAGAAAUAAGGACAGGUUGUUUGUGGUUACGAGUAGUUUUUGUAUUUAAGUCAGUGAAAAGCGUCAAACCUGACUUUGUAUCUGAACUUGAAAGAAUUUAAAGAUACAUAAUCCUCAAGCACUGUAGGACCCAUAGCUGUAAACAAAUUAGCUGCGUCCUGUUUCAUAGAAGCUGUUCAUCAAGUAAAUAAGAUUAGCAAACUACAGCCAUUCUUCACGCCUAAUUUAUGCAGAGUUUAACUUAAAACAAAGCUGAUUAUUGGAGCUGAAAGUAUUUGAAAAUUUCUCAGGCCAUAGUACAGUAUUUCAGAGCUAUAUCGAAAUGCAUUUUAUUAUCCCUAAAACUUCCUGCUGAAGAUGAGCUGUUUUGGGGUUAUGGCGAAACCGAACCAAACCGUUUUGUGCCAGACUUGCGGGCAAGUCCACGAUAUUCAAGGCAACCAUCUUUAUGACUAUCUAGAAGCAGUCGAUGAAGACCUUACUUGUCACAUAUGCUUGCAGCCCCUUGUCAACCCCACGGACACGACAUGUGGGCAUACAUACUGUGCGAAGUGUAUCAGGAGUGUGUUACGAGUGCAUCGUCAAUGCCCUGUGGACAGAUCACCUCUCACAGCACAAGAUUGUCGUCCGUCCAGUUUGAUAAUUAAAAGAAUGUUAGACAAACUACCAGUUGUCUGUCCAAACACAACAUAUUGCGAUGAUGCGAUGCAGCGGUCGGAUCUGGAGGCGCAUUUAGCAAAUCGAUGUAAAGGUAACAUGUCACACUGCAUACACGCUGCACAUGGCUGCACAUUUCGGGGUUCAAGGACGGCGCUUGAAUCGCAUAUUAGAGAGUGUCCACAUGCUAAACAAAAGGGCGUAGUUGCAAUAAAGACCGGUGGUUUAACAACCAUUGAGAUACGAAGAAAUACAGAUGAAGACUUUGGAGUGAGCUUGGUUGGUGGGAAUGAAACCCCACUGAUUGUCACAAUUGUGCAAGAAAUUUAUCCAGAGGGGGUGAUAGCAAAAGAUGGAAGAAUUAUGCCUGGAGAUCAAAUUGUUGAGGUAAAUGGCAAAGACUUACGGGAUGUGUCACAUUACACCGCUAGGGAAACCAUCAUGAGAGCCAGCUCACCCAUUAGGAUGACAAUAUACCGAGAAAAGGCAGAGGAAAGGAAUAAGAUUGACCUUUUGAAUGUCACACUCAGAAAGGUCAAAGGAAAGCAACUGGGAAUUAAAAUCAUUGCUAAAAAGCACUCAGCUGGAAUCUACAUCUUAGACUUGGUUGACCAUAGUAUUGCUUAUCAAGAUGGCCGACUGUCCAUCGAUGACAGAAUCCUGCAGAUCAAUGGUGAAGACAUGACAGAGGGCAGCCCAGAGCAAGCAGCUAGUAUAAUAAAGCAUUCCAAGGACACGGUAAGACUGGCAAUCUCAAGACUUUCAAGGUCACAAACCCCUGAAAUUAUGCCGUCUGUUGCUCAGGAAUUGGCAGCAGCGAUGGUGCCUUCAAGGAAUGUUUCUGCUGUUAGAGUCAGAAGGGAAAGACAAAUAACAAUAUCUAAGCCUCCAUCAGAAUUUCUAGGAAUAAGUGUAUGUGGAGGAGUGAAGGGUAAACGAGGGGACACCCCUAUCUUCAUCAGUAAUGUUCUCCCUGGGGGUCUUGCAGAUCGCAAAGGACAUGUCAAGAGGGGUGACAUCUUAUUAGCUGUGAAUGACACAAGCCUCUUGAAUCUGACACAUGCUCAAGCAGUCACUGCACUCAAAUCAGCCCAAGGGUCACUGAUCACGCUCAGUUUAAUUGAAGGGCUUGAGCCUAAUCAACUUAGCAGUAGGUUCUCUCCAUCAUGGCUUACGUGGCUUUCACUUCCAGAGUAUUGCCAAGCUGCAAGUACAGUUGUAAUCAAACGAAAAGAAAGCAAGAGUUUGGGUUUCAGUAUCGUAGGUGGGUCUGAUUGUACCCAUGGCAACCAACCAGUGUUUGUUAAGACUUUAGUACCAAAUGGUGCCGCAGCCAGUGGAGGCAUUCUUAAGUGUGGUGAUAUGAUUUUAUCAGUGAAUGAUCAGAGCCUUGUUGGUGUGAAGCACUCUCUUGCUGUAUCACUCCUAAAGCACGCCCCAGGACGCUCCAUCACAUUAACAGUCGUGUCAUGGCCUGGAUCAUUGUUAUGAUAUGUCAUGCUUAACAAGUUCACACUCAGGUGCUGCGCCUGAUGGCGCUCUUUAACUACUGUAAAUAUUGACAGAUUGAUUCAUAACUUAAUAAUAGUUGGAUUUGUAGAGCGCAUCAUGCGAAAAAGCCUCUAUGCGCUUGGUGAUUGAGCUCUUUGAGUUCGACAUUUUGAAGUUCUUAUGAGGUUUUGAUUGUUAUAAAAUAAGAGUAUUCAUUUUCAAAUUUAAAAACAUUUUUUCAUUUUUCACCUUGAACUCUUCAUGGGUGGUGUCAGUGGGGAGUUGGGAGGGGGGUAUAGGGCCUCUGAUUCAGAAGAGUGCCCCCCCUUGUUGGGGAGGAAAAAACUAUUACCUGCUAAUUACCAGAU